ACUCGGGUGACGACCAUGAUCACGAGCUGGCGACGGCUCCGAUCCUGACCAUGGAUGCUUACGUCCAGGCAGACUUUGACAACGCUAACGCGCAGUACGGGGUCCUUGGAAGUGUCCAAUCAAUAUUGUCUCCUGGGACGAGUGAAAAGCUUGAUGAUCCAAGGCUGUACUUCAACACAAACGCGCCCUUCUCAACCAUUGUCUGCGGUGUUCAAGGCUCCGGGAAAUCCCACACUGUCUCCGUCAUACUAGAAAGCAUGUUCAUCACUGGCUACCCGCAGAUCGGCUCUCUCGAGAAGGAGCUCUCCGGGCUAGUCUUGCAUUUCGGUGACGGGGGCGUGAAUUCCCGGCCGUGCGAAGCAGCAUGGCUGGGUGUCUCGGACGUGUCUGGUGUCACGCCCCCGCCGGCGAUCUACCGGCCGCUGGGGAGCAAUGUAACUGUGCAGGCUUUGCUGUUCAAGCAGUCAGAGCUGGAUGCAGAGGCAUUCCUCUCCAUGAUGGCUGUGGAGUCGAGCGACUCUGCACCGUUGUAUGUACAGGUUAUCCUGUCGAUAUUGAGGGACCUCGGAGAGAACUUCACCGCGGAUGAUUUCAAGAAGAGAUUGGAAGAACACAAGCGUAACUGGAACCCUGCGCAGCUGGCAUGUCUCGAACAACGGAUGGCACUCAUGAAGACAUUUACCGCAUCUGAAAAGGACGUCAAAAGUCGAAGGCCCCUCCCCUUUAUUGACGCCGCGUCCGCAUGCGGGAUAUUCGAGAUCACCACUAGGCUUUUCCUUCGGUCAGAUGUCGGGACUGGCAAAGUCCUAGUCGUUGACGAGGCGCACAAAUAUCUCUCUGUCAAUAACGGCUCAUCUGGAUUAACAAAUGCGCUCUCAAUGCUAAUCCGUGAGCAGCGUCAUCUCGCCAUGCGGGUCAUCAUCAGCACACAGGAACCUACGGUUGUUCCUCCGGUGCUCCUCGAUCUCUGCACGGUCGCGAUCCUGCACCGCUUCUCCUCCCCGACCUGGUGGGACCACAUCAUCAAGCACGUCUCCGCAGACUUUGCAGGCGGGAAAGUCUUUGACAAGAUAGUGCGGCUGAGGACCGGGGAGGCCAUCGUCCUGGCGCCGUCUGGGCUAGGCACAUUUACUACAGGGAAGCCCGUCGGCAGCCUGGCGGGACCGAGGUCGCUGGAUCAGCUCGGCCGUCGAUACAUCCUUAUGAAGACUAGGAAGAGGGUGGCCGCAGAUGGAGGCGCCUCAAUCCUCGCCUUGACGAAAUGAUACCCGCACUACAUGUAAACCGACUUCGCCGUUCCUACGUUGUGGGCGAGGCACAUGCCUUAGAUUUCACUGUAUAGCUGCUUAUAAUUCUUGUCGUACUUCUUGGAUAAUCACAACCUGACGCGGAGGUUUUACCCUGCAGACACCCG